AUGGAUGAACAACGGUUAAUUGUAACAUCUGAAGAUUCGGAACCUAUAAGAAUCUCUGAAUUGGAUAAAUUGAAAUUGAAAAGAAGUGGUGUUAAAUUCAUCGAUAUAACGAAUCAUCAGUCAUGGUUUUGGUCAACCAAGAAAGAGAAAACUCCAGUUCCUGUUUAUAACUAUCCAACAAAUGUUUCAUACCCAAAAGAAGUUUCGAAUUUGAUUACAGAUAUUCAAUUGGAAAAUUUACAUGAUAAUUUAGCUAAUUUUUCAUCUUUCUACUCAAGAUAUUAUAAAUCUGAAAAUGGUUUGAAAAGUGCAUCCUGGUUAUUUGCCAAAUUGAAUGAAAUUGUUGCUAAUUCCAAAAAUAAUAUAACCGUUGAGAAGUUUUCACAUGAAUGGUUACAAUUUUCAAUUAUUGUUAGGAUUCCUGGUAAAAAAUCACCAGAAACUAGAGUUGUUGUUGGAUCUCAUCAAGAUUCUACAAAUCUAUUAUUUCCAAAUAUAAUGAAGGCACCAGGUGCAGAUGAUGAUGGUAGUGGUGUUACAACCAACUUAGAAGCUUUAAGAAUCCUUGUUGAAACUGGCUUUGAACCUGAUAAUACAAUUGAGUUCCAUUUUUACUCUGCAGAGGAAGGUGGUCUAUUAGGUUCUUUAGAUAUCUUUACUGAUUAUAAAUCUAAAGGUAAUAAAGUUGUUUCAGUUUUACAACAAGAUAUGACUGGAUACGUUCAAAAAACAUUGGAUAAUGGUGAAAAAGAACACGUUGGUGUUAUCACAGAUUAUGUUUCUGCCCCAUUCACUGAAUUUGUCAAGUUGAUUAUUGAUUCCUAUUUAUCAAUUCCUUAUAUUGAAACAAAAUGUGGGUAUGCAUGUAGUGAUCAUGCUAGUGCUUUACAAAACGGAUAUCCUUCAAGUUUUGUCAUUGAAAGUGAUUUCAAGUACACUAAUCCUUAUAUUCAUUCAACAACUGAUACCUUGGAUAGAUUAAGUUUCCAUCAUAUUGCUGAAUUUACUAAAUUAGUUUUGGGCUACACCUAUGAAUUAGGUUUCCACAAGUUUGAGGAAGUUAAUUGA